UUACAGUGACUUGAAGCAGAUUUUUUAGUGAGUGUCGGUGUUUAUCUAAUCUUCUUAUAGUAUUUGACGCUGGAGGAAAGCUAGAUCUGUGGGGAUCUGAAUCUGCAAUCACAUCCAUGGCUUCCAAGCUGGUAAUCAUCAUAGUCUUCGUCUUUGACUUGAUUGCUUUUGGGCUUGCUGUGGCAGCUGAGCAGAGAAGAAGCAAGGCCAAGGUCGUUCAUGACCAGGAUUACAAUUAUGAUUACUGUCGCUAUGAUUCUGACAUAGCAACUGGUUUUGGUGCGGGUGCUUUUCUGUUCCUUCUGAUUAGCCAAAUCUUCAUAAUGGUGGCAAGCCGUUGCUUCUGUUGUGGGAAGCCUCUGAGCCCCGGAGGUUCAAGGGCCUGUGCAAUUAUCCUUUUCUUAAUCUGCUGGUUGUGUUUCUUCAUAGCGGAGAUAUGCUUGUUGGCAGGAUCAGUUAGGAAUGCAUAUCACACAAGGUACAAGACUUUCUCGGACAUCGACCCGAUUUCUUGCGCAACACUUCGAAAGGGAGUUUUCGCUGCAGGUGCUGCUUUCAUUUUCCUCACUGCCUUAGUCUCUGAGUUCUAUUAUAUCAGCUAUUCAAAGGCCAGGGACAGCUUCCAGCCUUAUGCUGGCCGAGAGACUGGUGUGGGUAUGGGAACCUACAAGUAAGCUCAUUAUGGAUACAGCAAUAGAGAUGACACCCUUUCUGGAUUUUAGACUCUGCGAUAUUUGUUUAUUCGAUUCCAAAAGUCAGCUGUGUUGAGGGUUUUAGUUUAGCUGGUGUACUUGAAAAGGCUUGUAUUCUUAUGUUGUCAAUUAUCGUUGUUAUUGUUGUUGUUAUUUUUGGCUUCUGAGGGCCUUUGUACCUCUCUUACAUAUGUUUUCCUUCUAUGCCACAUAAGAGAAAUUUGUUCUUCAA